AUGGCCGGACCAGGCGCAGAUUCCAUGUUCCCACGGCUUGCGUUCUCGAUGCUGAGUUACUUCAAUAAUUGUACGGAGACGGGUGCGGGUGCGGCGACAGGUGGGGGCGCGGCGGGUGCGGUGACGGGUGCGAGUGAGAUAUUCCGGGCGUCCUUCCUGGAGUCGACAGCAGUUACCAAACACCCCACUCCCAGCGGGGCCGCAGUGCCAGUGCUAGUCCCUAUGGUAGUGGCGGCGAUAGUACGCAGCGACCGUCCUCAGCGUUCCUCAUCACGGCCCAAGCCCAAGCCUUUGUCCACCUACCCCGCCCCCCCACAGCGCAGCUUCGACCUCGGCGCCGUAACGCCCGAGAUCCUCCUGCAGAUCGCGGACCACCUGGCGGCAUCGGACAUCCUCCGCCUUCUUUUGACCUGCCGCGACAUCCACACGCUCCUAACCCCGCACCUCCUGCGCCUAGCCCUCACCACGCGGCUCCCGCACACAGGCAACACAAUCCUGCACUGGGCCUGCACGCACGGGCACCUAACCUUGGCGCGCACACUCCUUUCCCGCGGGCUCCCGUCGUCCGUCCGCAACGCCGCCGGCUGGACACCUCUGCACCUAUCACUCCGCCACCGCCACCCACUGAUCACAUCGCUGCUCCUGUCCUCCGGCGCCUCCGUCACCGCGACCUGCAGCGGCAACGCGGACGACGCGGGCGCGACCCCGCUGCACCUAGCGGCGGACGGCGCGGCCGCACUACAGCUGCUUACGCACGGCGCCUGCGUCUCCGCGCGCACCAAGGUGGGGCUGACGCCGCUGCACCGCGCGUGUCGUCGUGGCGCCGGGGAUGUUGUCGAUGUGCUCCUCGCGCAUGGCGCCAGAGAGGGCGCGAGAGGGAGGGAUGGCUUUGGACAGUCGCCGCUGGAGUAUGCCAUCGCUUCUGGCAGGGUGGAAUUAGUUUGCGGUCAAAGUGGGCGAGAGGGGGAUCGCGAGGUGUUUACUCGAGCAUGGCGCGCAGGUGAAUUGGCGUGAGGGGGGGAGAGGGGAAGGG